AUGGCGCCGCAUCUCUCGCACGACGAGUUCUUCACCUCCCUCACCACCCUCCUCUCCAGCACAUCCCAAAAAGCGCGCGGCUCCGUCUUCCUCUCCCAAAAGCCUCUUCUCGAAACCCCAUCAUCAUCGAAAGACGACUCGCCCGCUCCGACACGCCCGUCUAUCCUCAUCCGCGCCACAGACGGAAACACCAACGCCCCGAACCCAAAGUCAUACAAGGAUAAAAAGAAGGCGGCUUCCAAGAAGGUGAAGCUGUCUACCGUUGUUGCUUUCGAAGAUCUGGAGGCGUUUUAUACUCGCUACGCGGAUGUUUGCAAGGGUGGUAUGACGGGGCUGAAGAAGAGAGAUCGCAAGAAGGGCAAGGCUAAGGCUAAGGGUGGUGCUGCGAAGGUCAUCAAGGCUUGA